AUCAUCAUCAUCAUCUGUCACUCAACCUUCACCAAAAGGUCAAAGGUCAGGAUGUUUUCAGUUGUCUACAGCACAACGUUAACCCAAUAGGUCAGACUCAAACAUUCUGAUUAUCUCAGUAAAAACUUCAGUCUGAACUCAAUAAGAUCCCAGCAGCUCAGGAUCAGGAUCUCAGACCAGUGGAGGUCAGGGUCUACCACACCGGACCAGAACCAAGAUGGAGGCUGUACAAAGAUGGAAACCGGCCAGCAGAUAGCAGCUGGGUGUUUGGAGCUGGUUGGCAAAGCAAACAUGAAGCAUCAUAACCUGGAGGCUGGAACAGUCUAACAUCGGAUCAGAUUCAUUCCCUCUGGGACUGAAGAGUCUGACAUCCUGCUGAGUUUCCAGUUCCAGACCAAUAAACACGAUGACCAACCAACUGGGUGGACAAAAACAAAAAAGAUCCUCAGGGAUCUGGAAGAGAGAACCAUCAACCUUUAGAGGACAGACGUAUAAAACCUCAGAGGCCAUCGUGAGGAAGAGGACAGCUGUGGUCUUUUGUUUCUAUUCAUUCAGUGAAUCGUGUUUAUUAUGAAUCAGCAGGUCUGACCUUUGUGAACAUCAUCAUGAAAACAUUUCCUGUUCUGUUUCUCUAGUGAAACUUUUGCAUGGAAACUUUUAUUUCUCAGCAGAAAACAGCAACGUGUGAAUCGGUAACGAAGUGUUGACGAUGUGCUGCUGCUCUGAGGUCAUGUGAUGUUUUCAGCUCUCAGCUGGUGGCAGCAGAGAGAGGAUGAGAUAAAAGCUGAUGACAGGAAAUGGAUCUGCCAGAGCGGCCGUUCUGAUGAUGUGGGGUUGUAGUGGCAGUGACCUCUGUGGCCCUGCUGGGUGUGUGAUGAUGAUGAUGAUGAUGAUGAUGCUGUGAUGCUGAGCAGGAGUGAGCUCAACGUGACGGUGACGGGGCCUCACCAGGGGGUCCUGGGCCUGGUGCUGUUCACCAUUGUCACCACGCUGCCAUGCUGCGCGUUCCUCUUCAUCAACCUCACCAUGCUGUACACGCUGCGCAGCCGGCCGCUGUUCAGAGAGGCGUCCCGCUACGUGCUGCUGUUCAAUCUGCUGCUGGUGGACACCGUGCAGCUGUUCCAGAGCCAGUCCAUGUUCCUGCUGUCCGCGGUCAGCCUCGCGCUGCUGUACCCGGUGUGCGCCGCUCUCACCGCCUUCAGCAGCCUGACCCACUGCGUGUCCGUGGUCACGCUGGUCAGCAUGUGCCUGGAGCGGUACGUGGCGGUGUGCUACCCCCUCCGGCACAGCGCCAUCGUCACCCUGAGGAACACCGGCGCCGCCAUCGGGGUCAUCUGGGGCGUCAGCUCCUCCCACGUCAUCGUCCAGCUCAGCCUGAUGCUGUCCCGCUUCUCGGCGGCUGACCUGGGGGUCAUGCAGAUGGUGCACUACUGCGGGAAGGAGAGCGCCUUCAUCGACCCCGUGUCUGACCACUACGACAGAGCCUUCACCUACUUCCUGUUCCUGCUGGGGGCGGCCACCGUCUCCUUCGCCUACGCCGGCAUCAUCGUGGCGGCGCGCUCUGCAUCCACGGACAGAGCGUCGGCCGUGCGGGCGCGGCGCACGCUGCUGCUGCACCUGGUGCAGCUGGGCCUCAGCAUGUCCUCCACCGUCUACAACUCGCUGCUGAUUGUCAUCACCGGCAGCCUGGAGCGCGUCCCGGCCGUCCGCCUGCAGAUCGGCCUCUACAUGGCCGUCAUCAUCCUGCCCAAGUGCCUCAGCUCGCUCAUCUACGGCCUCAGAGACCACAACAUCCGGCCCGUCCUCGUCAUGAACCUCAUCUGCCAGUGCAGGGGCUCGGCUCUCCACACCAGAACCAGAACCAGAACCAAGAACAGAAUCAGAGUCCAGCUCAGCUGAGACGUUCACUAGAAACUGGGACAAUAAAGACGAUGAUGGGAGGAAGUCAGAAUGUUCAGCAAAUAAACCUGCAACUGUUUUCACUGAACCGAUAAUAAUAAUAAUAAUAAUAAUAAUAAUAAUAAUAAUAAUAAUAAUAAUAAUAAUGUUUUUAUUUGCAGAAUGUCUUCAGGAGAUCAUAAACAUGUUUGUCUAAUAAUUAAAACCUGAAGCUGAUUUUUCAUGAAGAACUUUGAGUAACUUGUUGAAACCUGCAGCUUUUAAAACAACCUGAACUUUGAUUAAAAACACCUGAAACAUUAAUCUGACCAUGUUGAACAUUAAUCCUGCUGUGUUUUAGUGAACCUGCCUGCCUUAAUGUUGAAUAUGAAAUAUCAGGAUUGUUAUGAUGUUACUGUGUUUAAUAUGGAGUAAAACAGGUUUCUAUCAUCAUGAGAUCCAGGAUGUUUAAACCAAACUGGAUCAUUUCCAGCUGCAGAUCGAUUCGUUUCUCUAGAUAAAACUGGAAUCACAGUAGAUUUCUGAAAACACUGAAUUCCUAUAAAACCUAAAAUCUCAUUAAGUUUAAAUCUGUUUUUGAUUCAUAAUAACUGGAACAUUGAUUCAUUUUAGUUAUAUUCCAGCUCUCUGUUAUGUUUCUUUAUUAUGCUGUAACUGUUUGUUUAGUUUUGUGUUUUUAUCAUAUAAAGCGGUUUGUAUGCUGCCUUGCUCAGAGGUCAGAGGGCAGCUGGAGGCUAGAAAAAUUAUGUGGUUUGAGUUUGGUGAAUUAAACUAAUUUGAUUUUAUUCAAGUUCAUCAUUAAAACAUUAAAGUCAUUAAAGUUUUCAUGACUUUAUAACUCAGAGUAAA